UUAGUUUGUGCAAAGCAGAACGACUCAUAUAUUGUUUUUAAAAAAAUGCCGAUCAUCGUAUUUUAAGUAUAUUAUUUAUUCUAUAUAUAAAAUUAAAACUUCAUUUGAAAUCAGCGGCACUGAACAUUUCAUGAUGCUUUUUGUGCGAGUAAUCGCAUUGUUUUGAAGAAAAUUCCCGCCAUACUGAAAACAAACGAAAGUUAAUAAUACAGUGAAAAUGGGUGACAAUCUCCUGCAGAAAACUUCCAGAUAUUUCGAUUCUGUGAACUUUAGUGAACUAAUUGAAAGUUGGCUAGAAGAAGUAUUCGAAAAUGAGUUUACUGAUGUUGAGGAUAUCAAUAUGUCUUUAGGUAUAUUGUUUACAGACGAUCCCAAAGACACACUUUUGAAAAUCUGCGAUGUCUGUGAAGACUGGAUUAAAAAACCUAGCGAUUUUGACCAGGAUGAAAGCAGCAUGGGGAAUGUGUCGACGAGGCCAGAAGAUGUUUUAUGGACAUAUCUUAAUGAAAUGGACAUUGAGGUUAAACAUAUUCUUGGUAUUAUUUAUUUUUUAUGUUCUAAAGCACUGAAAAAUACUUCAACUGAAGAAGAUAAAGUGAUCGGAUUGAUUAGUGCUAAAUGGUAUUUUUGCUGCUUAAGAGUUCCAGGCAGUUCUGCGUAUUCUGUUUACAAAGCUAACCUGUUUCGCUUAUGUAUGGACUGUUUUCAAAUUGUAGACAUAGAGAAUCUUUUGCCAGAAAUGACAUCUGCUGUAGAAUCAUUAAUUCCUUUGUUAACAGUCUGUCAUCUAGGAUCAGAUUCUACUACAGUUGAUUAUGUUAUUGCUAAACUGUGUGAACUUGUAGGCAGUGAACAAUCCAGUGCAUCUUUGAAUUUUGAUCUAAACAUCCUAUCCAUGCCUGAACGUGAGCGGCGUCGGCGUACUUUCUCUUUCAUUCUGACUUCUCUUGCGUUUCAGGGUCUUUCUACCCUUAUUAAUUCAGAUCUGAAUGGUGAAAAGGAUUACAUUUAUUCAGUCAUAUUAUCAAAUCUUAAUCGUCAUAUUUUGUGUUCAAGAGUAAAGAAAACAAGUAUUCCUGCAAAAUUCAUGUGUGUCAAAGAUAAUUGUGUUUCCUACAUAUGUUACAAUUUGAAAAAAGAUCCUGAAAUAUGUUCCAAGUUAACGCUAACAUCUAUAAAACGCUUAUGCCUGUCUGUCAGCGAUAAAGCUGAAUUCAGGGCUGCUGUAUCAAAUGCAGUUGUUACUAUAUUAUAUAACUUGCAAGUGCAAGAUUUCGUUGAUUUCAUUCAGUGGCUUUUGCUUCUCGUUGAUGCUGCUGAAGGAAGCAAUCGAGUAUUUGCCUUAGAAGUCAUGGGUCUUUUGCUGGGUAAUUUUCCACAGAUAAAUAAAGAAGGCUUACCAGAGGCAAUGGAAGUAUAUUUAACUCCUAUUCCAAUUAUCUUCGCAAUUCUCACAAGGUGUGAUGAUGUUUCACCUGCAGUACGCACAAAAGCCCUUGGUGUUUUGUCUCAGCACAUGCAACAUAUGCUGAAUGCUCUCAUGGAUGUGGAUUUUUCAAACUAUGUUGGGGAAGAAUUUGAUGAAGAAAUUGAAUCUUAUGAUAUAAAUGGAGAAAAUAGACAGUUUUGGUACAAGUUUUCGUCAUUUAAGGACAUGGUGGAUGAAAUGAAUAAUAUAUUGCAUCGGCGAGUGGAAGAUAAUAAUGGUAUGUCAAGAAAAGCAGCUCUUCAAGCUUUGGAAAAUAUAGUUUCGUUUGAUGUCAUAUAUUUGACAGAUGAAAAUCUAAAGCUUUUUGUGUCAGCUUCAAGGGAUAUUAACAUUGUUGUGAGAAAACAAAUAAUACAGUCUUUAACAAGCAUUUUGGAAACUUACUCUGACCAUCCAAAAGCCCAAGAAUGCUGGUUAAAAUCUAUUUUCCCCCUUGUUCAAGAUCCAGAAAAUACAGUGCAGGCAAAAGUGUUGAGUGUUAUUGAAGAAAAAUUUCUGCUGAAUAUUUUAUCUGAUAAAAAUGAAGACAAAGAAGCUCUAUUCCUUUUAUUGGAGAAGUUAGCACGUGGGGAGUACUUGUCUUACCAGCGAUAUUUGCAAAAAGCUUUUAAAUGUUGGAAAGAUGAAAAAAAGCUCAAACCAAAUUUUGCAUCAAAAUUAGAAAAAUUCUUUGGAAGCGGUAAAGAUGAGCCCGUUUGGUUUUAUUUGAGUAUUUUUGGAGCAUUUUGUAAGUUGCCAACUAAAAUAUGUCAACUUGCACUUGAAGAAUUUCAAAAGCCUGAAAAUUGGGAUAAGUCUUUUUUCAUGGAAAAUAUAUUAAAAGUGCUAAACAAUGCCUUUCGUGAUUUACCUUCUGACGAUUUAGAAGUUCUGCGAGGUGUGCUCAAGAAAAAGCUAGAAGACUUUGCUGCACCUGUAGAAAUUAUGCCUUUAAUGAUAGAAAUUUUAUUCAACAUUGAGACAUACCUUAAAAUGGAGAAUGAUUUUGCUGGGUUUGCUGACAAAAUGAUGCAGAUGUCAAUGGAUACCUUGACCCCAUUUAUAUCCCGAAAAAAGAGUAGGAAGUUGCCAGAAGAAGAUUUGGCUGUUAAAAGUUUAACUAUUUUAAAAGAAUUUUGUCAGCUUUUUCCAAAAAGCAUUACACAAAAUAUAACUGUGCUUGUGAAAAGUUUUAUUUAUACAAGAAAUGAUGAAGCCAUCAUUAAUGCUACAAAAGUUUCUUCCCGUCUGAGAGCCCACGCUUUUGCUUCCCUGGGAAAAAUAUCUCUUCAUGAUGAUCAGUUGAGUAAAGAGUUGCUUCCUGUAUUGGCUAAGGAAUUGCUGACUUCUAAAGAAGAUAUGCUUCGUAACAAUGCUGUUUUAAUUCUAACAGAGAUGUGCAGACGUUAUUCUGGAGAUAGUCAAUACAUUUCUCUUGUUACUUCAUGUUUCAAAGAUAGAAGAUAUAUAAUCAGAUACCAAGUUAUUACUUUUUUGGUGAGCCUUUUACAGGAGGGCUAUGUAAAGACCAAAAAUAAUUUGGUAUACUGUUUGUUGCCUACAAUCAUUGACAAAUAUGAAACCAUUCAAGAACUUGGCAAAUACUGCUUGGGUACACUUAUGUUUGAAAAAAAGAAAACCAUCUUUCUUGAUUCUUUUACUGAUACUGUUUUUAUCUUCAACAAAUAUCAUCCUCCUGACAAUGAUGCACUGGCACAAACUGUGAAGGAUAUGGAACGUUUUGCUAUCCCUGGUGAGGAUGCUAGAGAGACACGAAUGCAAAUAUAUAAAUUCAUGAUUACAUGUAUGGAGGAAGGCUCUCGAGGUCUUCUCGUAAGUAAUAUUUCUCGAGAUAUCUUGAAUUCAGUUGCUGAUGGCGUCUUUCCUCUUGAUGAUGUGGUCAAAUGCAUUGUCAGAGAUUGCUUUGCUGUACUGACCUCGAAAGAAAUCAGAGUUUUUGAUUCAGACAGCAUAGCACAUGAACUAGAGGAUGGAGAUGAUGAGCGAGUUGCCAAAGCUGAGUUGGAAAUUAGGAAGGCUAUGCUUGUGCAGCCAAUUGUGCCAGUUAUGAUAUCUCUGAAAAAUUGUGUCUUGGAGUGCAAAUCUGAUCUGCUUUCUGAUAUUGUAUUGUUCUUGAAGGAAAUUUUGUCAGACUAUAAGAAUGAAAUUGAGGACAUCUUGGUAGAUGACAAAAUGCUAAAGAUGCAGGUUCUGUUUGAAAUAAGAAACGAGUGCAAUCAACAAGAAAAAGAAGCUAAAGAGAAGAAAAAUAAAGAAAUGAAUGCUAAAAAGCCCAAUACUCCACCAUCUGGAGAACAUAUUAUUGAAAAGACUAAAGAAAUAUCAAACUAUUUGAUUCGAAAAAGUUUGGUGAUCCCUGGUGAUGGGAACACGUCUUCUGCAGGAUCAAAAGAUGUAUCCUUGCGCCUCAUUCCUCAGACACCACAAAACAGAAAUGUAUCGCGCAAGUCCAAUGCUGUUGUUGAUGACAUGGAUGUCGAUGAUGAUAUUAAUUUGCCGUCGACCAGUGGUCAGCCUGUCAAUGUAAGAGAUAUUAUAUUUUCAAGUACUCCUCGUGUUUUAUUGAAGCCACUCAAGUUUAAAACUCCAAAUUUGAGUAAAAUAAGUAUAAGAGUAGAGGACCUUGAUAUUGAUGAUGAUUAGCAGUUUUCAUUUUUGGAAUAAAGACAAUUCAUAUGAAUGCAUCCUUAUUUGAAUGUUAACUAGAGAAUUCAUUAAAUUAUUAAACAUUAUUCUAAUGGUGAAAUUGAAAACUUUCCUUACUAUACUUAAUAACAAUGCAAGUUUCCAACAUGUAGAUGGUUAUAAGUGUAAAUUUCGAUCAUCAGAAGACAUAAUACACAUUUUGAUUCAUCUGAUGUAAAAGCUGCUCAAAAUUUUACGAUUUUCGUUUCCAAUAUGGUUUUACUAUAUUGAAUAUUGAUUUUUAUUAUUGUUUUUAAACUAAAUUUUGUUCAAAUGGGCCAUUUGCUUUUUAAAUAUAUUAAGGUCAUA